AUGACAUUAACAGAGCUUCCAUUUAACAUCCUUGACGGGAUAAUAUCGGUUACGCCCCAAGAAGACUUGACUAGGUUAUCGCAAACGAAUAAAUGCUUCCGGUUUAAGAUUAACCAAAGUCUUUAUAGGAAGAUCUUGAUAACAAAUGAAGAGAAUGUGCAUCAUGAUGAGUAUACGGUUAUUCCGGUUGGUAAGUUGGAUAAGUUUGCUGCCAGUUUGAAUUCGUUUAAUUUUGGGUUUAUUCAUUCGAUAUAUUUUCAAGUGAAUCUGACAUUAGAGGUGAAUGAUUAUCAGGGAUUUUAUGAUAAGAUAUGUCAAUUAUGGAAUGAACAAGCUGAUCAUAAGAUCUAUUUGUUUAAUUUUGAUUGUGCAAACUUGCGUCAUUAUCAACUGUUUAAUGCAUUGCUAUCAUCCAAUUUAACCUAUAUUGAGGAUACUGGAGAGUCAAAAUUGGCCAAUUUGAAGAUUAAUAAUUUGCAAAAUUGGAUUGUUCAUGAUAUGAAUGAAUUCAUCAGUUUACCUUUUAAUCCUAAUUUGAGACAUUUGGAUAUUGUGAUUGAUCGCUCGUUGAGCUUUUUAUCGAAUCCUUUGCAAUCGAUUAUUGAUUCGGGAAACACCAUUCGCAAUUUGGUUAACGUUGAAAGCUUGAAUCUUGAUAGUCCUUCCAGUGUACAGUUUCUUGUUCAACUUUAUAAAGAGUGUCCCUUUGCCAUGGACAAUUUGACCAGUUUGUCCUUGACUAGUUCUCAUAAUUACCGCCAUCCAAAAUUAGACUAUCAAGAGUUAUCCAAGUUUAUAAAUUUUAAUGCAUUAACGGAUUUUGAAUUGAAGGUUAACUGCAAUCAUACCGAUUGUCAAUGCAUAACUAAUUUUUUCAAUAACUGGUUUUCUGCUUCUCAAAAGAUUAAUUUGAAGAAAUUGGUUCUUUUAAAUUAUAAAUCAGUUUUACUUCCAAAUAACAUCAACCAAUUCAAUCAAGUACUCCGAUACUUUAUCUUUAAUUCGAAAUUAGAAUCGUUAAAUGAAUUAGUAAUCAAUGUUAAUGAUUUUACCAAACCCCUAAACUCAACAGUUCAAUUUGAUUUGAAAAUGAUGAUUGACAAAUUGCCUCAUUUAUCUAACUUAUCUAAGCUAGUUAUUCCGGAUUUUUUCAACCGUCAUUUGAAACAAAUUAAGCCUUUUAUAUCGCAUUUCACUAAAGAUCUCGAUGAUAAACCAAUCUUGGAUCUUCUUUUGAAUCAUUGUCAUUGUGACAAUUGCCAAGUGACUAGAUUUAAUUUCAAACAUUUGGCUCAAAAAGGUUACAACGAUAAUCAUAACUACUCAAUUACAGAAUGUCCUAUGGGGAUUUCAAACAAUGUCAAUGUUAAUGAUAAAUCAACUCAAGAAUUCUUUAAUUACAUUAUCAUCAAUUUGAAAAAUGAAUUUGCAUCCACUAGCUACUUACGAAAAAAUUUCUACCACUGCAAAUCUUCCUUCACCGAAAACUUUAUUCAAUUAAUAAACCAUGGGAUAAUGGGUGACUUAUUCAAAUUCAUCAAUACUAAAAAUGAUGACUUGCAUUGCAACUUUGGUGGUAUCAGUGUAUAA